AUGUGUGCGUACAGUGCAUUAGCUGCACUGGAUAGCUACAGCGCACAGCAGUACCCAGACCAGUUCCACAUUCAGACUGAUGAAGAUGAUGAAAGGUAUUUCCUGUACCAGACUCACAAUGGCCAAUACAGAAAAGAACGAAGAUUGAAGGAUGGCUCUGUAGUGGGAACCACAGGCUGGGUGGGCGCUGAUGGUUACUUGCGGUUACAAGACUACAUAGCUGAUGACCAAGGUUACAGAAUAUAUAAGUCCAAAACAGUAUACGUUGGUGACCAUUCCAUUGGAGAGUCACUAAAGAUCGCGAAAACAGCACCAACGGACGCAGGUUUUAACAUCACACCUGCACCAGCAGCUCGGCAUCCACAUAGAGGAACACCACGAUUUAGUACCACCACUAAAUCCCCUAUAUCUCCGUCUUCAACGCUAGAACCACCCAGAUCUUAUCCUGAUGAAGUAUCAACCACUCCAUCUCCUUAUGUCCCAUCGUCAACACCUCGCGUCGAAGUGUCUCCAAACUCAAUUGACUCCUCGACCAAUUUUGAUUUCCGACCUACUGUCCCACCUAUUACUUCCGACGAGGCAACAUCUACUAAUCCUUAUGAUUACGAUGGAACAAAUACAAAUACAAUUGACGGUUACUAUGGCAGUGAUAGCAGACGCUACGACGUCUACAACCCGAACUCUUACAGACAUGCUGAUGCUUGGACUCAGAGACAGCGGCCUGGUCAAGCGAUAGGCGAUGGCUACACUCCCCAGUUCCAAGGGUAUGACGGUGUGGCGUUCAGAAAGAAUGGCUUCCGUUAUUACCUUCCUAAGCAGUACCAUGAAGAACAGAACAGUAAUUCUAAUGAGAGAACGGGGAGUUUCGGUUAUGUAGACCCGUUUGGUAUCCGGCGUGUAAUUUACUAUAACACAGCACCGGGUCAAGGAUUCCAAAUUAAGAAAAAUAAUAGAUAUGUGGGUCACGAUGCGACGCCCUAUGAUCCUAGACCGAUUAACUAA